AUGACAUCAGCCACGUCGUCGCGGAGCAGCGUGAUCGGCGCCUCGACGCUCCUCACCAUCGUCAUUCUGGCGCUGGCGUGGUUCGUCGGAUUCGCCUCGCGUCUCUUCGCCAUCGUCCGCUUCGAGUCGAUCAUUCACGAGUUCGAUCCGUGGUUCAACUACCGCGCCACUCAUCACAUGGUCCAGCACGGCUUCUACAAGUUUCUCAACUGGUUCGACGAGCGCGCCUGGUAUCCGCUGGGCCGCAUUGUGGGCGGAACCGUUUAUCCGGGUCUUAUGGUCACUUCCGGCCUGAUCCACUGGAUUCUGGACUCGCUGAACUUCCACGUUCACAUCCGCGAAGUCUGCGUCUUUCUCGCGCCCACCUUCUCCGGCCUCACCGCAAUCGCCACGUAUCUGCUGACAAAAGAGCUCUGGAGCCCCGGCGCCGGCCUUUUCGCCGCCUGUUUCAUCGCCAUCUCGCCCGGAUACACGUCGAGAUCGGUCGCCGGAUCCUAUGACAACGAGGGAAUCGCCAUUUUCGCCCUCCAAUUCACCUACUUCUUGUGGGUCAAAUCUCUCAAGACCGGAUCGAUUAUGUGGGCGUCGUUGUGUGCUCUUUCCUACUUUUACAUGGUCUCCGCGUGGGGAGGAUACGUCUUCAUCAUCAAUUUGAUCCCGCUUCACGCGUUGGUUCUUAUCAUCAUGGGUAAGUAGGGGAAAAAUUGCAUGAGCCUUGAAUCUGCUAAUUUUCAGCAUUAAAUUUACAGCAAAAAUUCAAUUUCAGGCCGCUACUCGUCGCGCCUGUUCGUCUCGUACACCUCGUUCUACUGUCUCGCGACGAUUCUCUCGAUGCAGGUGCCGUUCGUCGGAUUCCAGCCGGUCCGCACUUCGGAGCACAUGCCCGCGUUCGGCGUCUUCGGCCUCCUCCAGAUCGUCGCCGCAAUGCACUACGCGCGCAAUCGCAUCACCCGCCAACAGUUUAUGACCCUUUUCGUCGGCGGACUCACCGCCAUCGGAGGCCUGGCCGUCGUCGUCUACUUUGCCCUUGUUUGGGGCGGAUACGUGGCGCCGUUCUCGGGACGGUUCUACUCGCUCUGGGACACUGGAUACGCCAAGAUCCACAUUCCGAUCAUCGCGUCGGUGUCGGAGCACCAGCCGACCACGUGGGUCUCGUUCUUCUUCGAUCUCCACAUCACCGCCGCCGUUUUCCCCGUCGGACUGUGGUAUUGCAUCAAGAAAGUCAACGAUGAACGUGUUUUCAGUGCGUCUUUGCUUUGGAAAUCCCUUUUAAAUCGCGUUUUUUUCCAGUUAUUCUGUACGCCGUCUCUGCUGUCUACUUUGCCGGAGUGAUGGUCCGUCUGAUGCUCACACUCACGCCCGCCGUCUGCGUUCUCGCCGGCAUCGGAUUCUCGUACACGUUUGAGAAGUACCUGAAAGACGACGAGCAGGUGAAAGAACGAUCGGGAUCCACGUCGGCGUCGACGAGCGGAAAAGAGGAGAAGCUGUACGAUAAGGCGGCGAAGAACGCGAAAUCGAAGGUAGAGAUGGAUGUCAGUGUUUGUCCUUGUUUGUUCUUGUUUCUCUGUGUUUUGUCAUGUUUUUAGUGUGAUAAUCGGUAGAAAUCCACACAAAUUUCAAUUAUUCAGGGUUCUGGCGAAGGAGAAGAGUCUGGAAUCUCUUCGAACGUCCGUACAAUCAUCUCGAUCAUCCUGCUCAUCUUCCUGCUCAUGUUCGUCGUCCACGCCACCUACGUCACCUCGAACGCCUACUCGCACCCGUCAGUCGUGCUCCAAUCGUCGACACAAAACGGAGAUCGCAUAAUUAUGGACGAUUUCCGCGAGGCGUAUCACUGGCUCCGAGAGAACACGGCCGACGACGCGCGUGUCAUGUCCUGGUGGGAUUACGGUUACCAGAUUGCCGGAAUGGCCAACCGAACCACGCUGGUCGACAAUAACACGUGGAACAACUCGCACAUCGCUUUGGUCGGAAAGGCAAUGUCUUCGAACGAGUCGGCCGCCUACGAGAUUAUGACCGAACUCGACGUCGACUACAUUUUGGUCAUUUUCGGCGGAGUCAUCGGCUACUCGGGCGACGACAUCAACAAGUUCCUGUGGAUGGUCCGAAUUGCGCAGGGAGAGCAUCCAAAGGACAUUCGCGAGGAGAACUACUUCACGGCGAGCGGAGAGUACUCGACAGGCGCGGGCGCGUCGGAGACGAUGCUCAACUGCCUCAUGUACAAAAUGAGCUACUAUCGGUUCGGAGAGACGCGCGUCGGAUACAAUCAGGCGGGCGGAUUCGAUCGGACUCGCGGCUACGUGAUUGGGAAGAAGGACAUCACGUUGGAGUACAUUGAGGAGGCGUACACCACCGAAAACUGGCUCGUCCGCAUUUACAAGCGGAAGAAGUUGCCGAAUCGGCCGACGAUCAAAAGCGGAGAGACGACGAUUCCGAUUAAGGGCAAAAAGGCGACGCAGGUAGGGGAAAUUCGGAGGCUAUUGUGCGAACUACCGGAACCUGUUAAAAUAGUGAAAAUCAAGUGGAGAAUAUAAGAAUUGACUCUAGAAAUUUGAAACAAUUUAAUACAAACGUAUGUUUUAUUUUCAGGGCAAGAACAAAAAGGGAGUGAUCCGACCGGCGACGACCACCACUACGACCGCAAAAGCAGCCUAA